AUGACUCCGCCGCCGCCUAGACGUGCCUCUUCGGCAUAUAUCAGGCGAAGAAGCAUAGUCGCACAGGAGCAAGGAUCCUUCGAUUUGCCGCUCACGACACUAUAUAUCGGUAUCUCGGCAGUGCGAAAGGACGAAUCCACGGCCGAGAUUGCUUUGGCCAUUCGAGAUGUCGUGUAUCUGACGGAAUUUUUUGUUCAAGAAGUCACAUUAAGUGACGGCGAGGACGCCAUUGUCAGCCGCAUCAUGGACCACCUGCAGUCCUAUGAAACAGAAAACAUGGCAAAGUUCAUUGGCGCUGGACUCCCUGUUACCUUGGCUGAAAUCAGUCCAACGCUUUGCUCACGCCUCUGGUUGGGGCUGGAUAUUGUUCCCAUCGUUAUGCCGGCAGAAAGCCAGAAUGACAAAAGCCUCUGGCAAACAAAGCGAAUUGACGAGCAAGCUGACUCAAUGGCUCGGAGAUGUAUCGUUCAUUUCGGUCCUUCUCUGGCACCACUCCUCCAGGUAGGUUGGCACGGCGCCGUGCAGGUUGCUGCCAAUGGCAGGGUUCGCCUCAACUCUCUAGACGAUUACAAAAAGACGUGCUCCCAGGUAUCUUGGGAUACAAUGUCUUUUUACGCCGACAAAUUGCGUCGCAAGGGGACCAAAGUGGCCUUCUUCAGCGCGACUCCCCAAGGAGGAGGCGUCGCUCUCAUGCGGCACGCACUCGUGAGAUUCUCUCGACUCCUCGGGCUCGAUGUGAGAUGGUAUGUCCCUAAACCUCGACAGAGUGUCUUCCGGAUCACGAAGAAUAUGCACAACAUUCUUCAGGGAGUAGCUCCUCCGGAACAGCGUAUACCGGCCGAGGACAAGGCCGCUAUCCUGGACUGGAUCACGGACAAUGCUACGCGAUAUUGGUUCUCGGAGGGUGGUCCUCUGUGCCUACCGGAAGAGGGUGGUGCCGACAUCAUCAUUAUUGACGAUCCUCAAAUGAUUGGCCUCAUUCCAAUGAUCAAGGAAGGCUCCAAAAAGAGACCAGUCUUCUUCCGCUCGCAUAUCCAACUGCGGAGUGAUCUCAUUGCCGAGAGUGGUACACCACAAGCUGACGUCUGGGACUUUAUAUGGAGUCACAUUAAAGAAGCAGACGUUUUCAUCAGCCAUCCGAUCCCCCAGUUUGUUCCGCAUACGGUGCCAAAGGACAAGGUCACGUAUCUCCCAGCUACAAGUGACUGGCUUGAUGGGUUGAAUAAAAGUCUAAACAUGUGGAAUACCGGAUACUACAUACACAAUUACAACGUCCAGUGUCAUGCACAGCACAUGACCGAGCUGGAGUGGCCGGCUCGCAAAUAUAUCGUCCAGGUGGCCCGUUUUGAUCCUGCCAAGGGAAUCCCAACGGUAAUCGACUCUUACGCCGAAUUCAGGCGCAGGUUUGACGUUUCAGCCGCCUCUCAACCUCCCCAGCUAGUCAUUUGUGGCAACGGUUCCAUUGACGAUCCUGACGGAACCUUGAUCUACGACGAGACCAUGGCCCAAAUUGAGACCCAAUGCCCCCAUCUUCAAAGUGAUAUCAGUGUCAUGCGCCUCGACCCCAAUGAUCAACUACUCAAUGUCAUCAUUGCAAAUGCCCAUGUGGUGUUGCAGCUUUCCACCAGAGAGGGUUUCGAGAUUAAGGUGUCGGAGGCACUGCACGCGGGACGCCCUGUCAUCGCCACGGUUGCAGGCGGGAUUCCAAUACAAGUCAAGCACGAGGUGAAUGGAUAUCUCGUCAAGCCAGGUGACUGGGAGGCUGUGGCAGGUCACUUGGUAGAUCUCUUUACGAACGAGCAGCUUCACGCAACCAUGUCACUCGCCGCCGAGACAGGUCUAAGUGAUGAGGUCGGCACCGUGGGUAAUGCGCUGUCUUGGUUCUUUUUGGCGUCUAGAUUCGCAGUCGACGAUAGCUUCAAGGGUAAUUCCAGAUGGUUGAACGAUGUAGCGAGGGAGGAGGCUGGCAAGGCUUACACACAGGAUGAGAAUCGCUUGCCGCGGCGGUUUACAGCUGAGAACCGGGCACAAUAA